CGUGUACAAUUUGCACGGUUAUUGGCGACGGCGUACGUGCGUGCUUUUCGCCUCCACCGGCGCCGUGUUUAUCCCGAGUGCGCGCGUGCGCGUGCGCAUUGCACACGUAACGUAUCCGUCCACAGCGGGUACCUCCGCCGUUUUCGCGAUUAUUAUUUACUUAUCUAAAUUAUCUGCCAGUGCGUCCGGUCGUGGUGUGUGUGUUUUUUUUUCUCAUAUCUACUACUACUACUAAUAAUAAUAAUAAUCCUAUUGCUACUGCUGUUACUACUACCACUACUACCAUUUACAAUAGUCUAAUAGAGAUAAAAUACAAUUUCUACCCAUCGUGCGCGCGUGUCGACCGACGAGCUACACCGAACGGGAGUAAUAGUAUUAAUUAAUUAACGAUUCGAUUUUCGUGCCGGCCAUCGGAUAAUCGUCGCUUACUAUAAUUACGUAUUAUCAAAGUUGGUUUUUUUUUUUUUUUUUUUUUUUUCCAUAGUCUCCCGAAACAAUUAUUUUGCCGAUACGUAAACGUAUUAAAUUCAUUCAGAUAGUGCAGAGUUCUACGACGUAUUUUUAUUUCAAGUGUUGGCUACGAAUACUAUGCUAAUUCACACUCCUGCAGAAAUAACUGUUCGCGAUAGUGGCCUUCUGUGUCUGAGGCAAGAACAUGUAUUUUUUGCGUUUUCGAUUCUACUGAUUGUCGAGUGAAAUACUACGACAUUUUACUGUUGUUUCAUUCUUUUAUUAUUUUUAUCUGCAUCAUCAUCAACAGUAGUUUAUCAAAUGGUUUUUCGAUAUCAUGGAACGCCGCCGUGGUGGUGCUGCCGCCGUAGUUUUCGAGUCAAUUCUAAAUCGCAAACUACCACUGUUACUUGCAACAGCAACGCCGUCGGCACCUCCGCUAUUAACAUUGACUCGGUGUCAUCGCCAUUACAUUAGUCGUUGUGGCAGCAACAAUGACACGAGAUUCGGCGGCGGUCGCCGCUUUAGACGACCGCCGCCGCUGUCCCAUAUCAGCGGCAGACGAUGUUUCAUCAUUGAUGACAAAUAGUAUCGCUACAAGCUGUUCAAGUAGUAAUGGUGAUGUUGGCGGUGGUGACGAAGGCUGUAGUCCAAAGUCUUCAUCUGCAGUAUCAACAACAACUAGCUGUUGUGGAAUGAGUAGCAGUAGCAGCAGGAGUUGUAGUGAUGAUGAUGAUUCUGCAGCUAUUGCUGGGCUUUCUACUGCCAUUGAUAGUUGUUCUACAGCUAUUAAAACUUCACCUCUGCCAUUACUACAUAAAGAAGUAGUAAGUGACAAUAAUGGUGAUAAAGAUUCUUCAAGAAGUAGUAAUAACAAUGAUGUAACUACAACUACUACUUCAACUAGUAUUGGAGGACGUCUCACUUUUUAUAAAGAUGGAAAGUUUAUAUUCCAAUUAGCAGCUCAUCAUCAACAGCAUCCAUAUAAUAACCAAACUGUUUUAACAUCCCCAUGCCGUUGGAUACCAGUGCCUACAGUAACACAACAGCAUAAAAAUAAUGUUAAAAGUAAAAGUGAAUGGUCACAACAUCAUAAAAAUAAGACAAUUUGGCCUUACUUGGUUACCAAUCCCACUUCUGAUAGUAAGUCACUCCAAGCAAUACAGCAAUUGCAGCUACCAAUAGCAAAAAUAGGUGAACGGAUAUCACAACAAUAUCAACCGAGGAUAGAAACGCCGCCACUUAAAUCGAAUGAUGGCGCUGUUAAUAUAGCUGCUCAUACUAAUGCAGUAGUAAUGGCAACAACAACAAAUAUUGUCCGAAGACCUUCCCGAAAGUGUUCUUCAACUACUGCAGUUGAUAAUAGUAUAGAUAAACAUCAUAGGCAAUUGCAGUCCCAUUUACAACCAUUAAAGCGAUUACAGCAACAUCAACAUCAGUCAUUUAUGAUGGUUGCUACUAAGACGAUUAAAGCUCAAAGACGUUUAUUAUUGAUACCAAGGAUGAAGCGUCGUCAAUAUCGAAAAACAAAAAUAGCCAUGGAUAAAGAUUCUUUGUUGCAAGAACAAGAACAACAACCACUAAUCAACUUGGAAUGUGUUGUUCGAAAUCUAUGGUGUCGACGACAUACUACGGAAUUAUUGCUACGUAGACAGCUAUCUUUAAACAAUAAUAUAGAUCUUGUAGCUUCUACUGAUAUUUCUUCAGCUUCUCGUAUUGUUGCAGUUACAACUGUAGAGUCUACAUCAUGUACUAAUACGGGAAAUAGCAAGCGACGAUCUGUGUUUUCUCCAUUGUCUACCAUCACUACUCCUUCUACUACGUCAAUGACUAAUAGUAUUAUAAAUAUUGCUGGUAAUAAUAGUCCUCAUAAAAAAUAUAAGCUAGGAGAGCAGCAAGUAUUACAACAACAACGACGUGUAAUUGAUAAAUGUGUUAAAAAAACUGUUUCAACAUCACUGCCACAGCCGCAAAUAAUUUCCACCAAUGAUCACAGCAUAACAGCAAUAUUGUCUGGUGGGCCGGUAGGAGCAAAACGCCCUAAUGGUUGUGGUAUUACUACAGCAGUUGAUACAGAAAUUAGUGUCAUAAGUAGUUCUUCUAAUGCUAUUACACCACCUCAGAAAAGUCAUCCUGCACCUAUUUCUUUAUUGCGUACUUUGUUAAAAAGUCCCAAUAGUGAAAAUAAUACAUUACCUGUUGUAGCUAGUACAACUAGUAGCAAUUACAGACAUAAUACCAGUAGCAAUAGAAAAAGAUCAGCAAUUGAUUCUACAAUACCAAUUGUUACAACUCCUGUUGCCACUACAAUUGAAACUGGUCCUAGGACAACCGCAAUGAUCAUACCACCUGCUACUGGUCUAGUUAAUGAUGCUGCUCUACAUCAAAUACCCUCUCUUCACCACCCAACUGCUGUUGGUCAAUUGGCUGCAGCUGGUUACUUUAAUGUGUUAUAUCAUCAAGCUGCAAUGGCUGCUGCAAUGGCAUAUCAAACCCAUGCACAGCUGCCAAAAUCACAAUCAUCUUUGUUGUCUUCACAAUAUCCACAUACUGUUGAUGCCAGUAAUAGUUGGCAACGUCAAUUUAAUCAACAACCUCUUUUACCGCCCUUAAAAAUAAUUAGUGGAAAUGGAAUUGCCAGUGUCUCAUCAUCUGCAUCAACAAUCGUGGCACCUUAUUCUUCACCUUUGGUAACUGCAGCUGUAAAUGGUAGUGGUUUAUUGGCACCUGCUACUCCUUCACCACCACCUUUAUUACUACAUCCUCAUUCUGUCCACCAUCAUCAAAUGCUGUUACAUCACCAACAACAGCAGUAUCAACAAAUACCUACAGUGCAACAAUCAUCAUAUCAUCAACAUAAACAACGGCAACAGGGUAACAGUAGUAGUGGAAUAAAAAAAAAAACAAUGGUAACAAUGGGUGCCAUUAAAGAUGAUAGUAAUAAAGGUGGAAAUAAUUUAGCUGAUGUAGCUGCUAUAGAUGAAGAGUCAUCUUCAUCUGCUGAUUGUAUGCCACUCAAUUUAUCCAAGGAUUCUGUUGCUGAAAAUGUUGGUGGUACUAGUUCUACUGCAACAGUCAGGUGACACUUGUGCGGAAAUGACUUCUAUAGACGAGCUAUUAGCAUUAGACUGUUUGGCCGUUUUGUAGCGGCUAGUUAAGUAUACUAUUUUAUUGUCAUGUCAAAUACUAUGUACUUGAAUAAUAGGCAAAAAUGUUUGUAUGAAUAAAAAAACAACAUUAUUAUUA